AUGAAGCCAGGGGGAACGCCAAAGAUUAAGGACAAAAUUCGGGAACUACAAGCAACUCGUCUCACCCACGAAAGAGCAAGUUUAGAGGAAUGGCUCGAAAAAGUAAUGGCCCUUCCGUGGUGGCAAACUUCUCCCGAAAAUCAAGAUUUAACUCUGGCCAAAAAAGAAUUGGACAGCGAGCAUUUUGGUUUAGAAAAAAUUAAGGAAAGAGUUUUGACCUAUUUAGCCGGCAAACAAAGAGCCGGAAAAAAGCAAACGCAAAUCCUUUGCUUAGUUGGUCCACCCGGCACUGGUAAAACUUCCUUAGCCCAAUCUAUCGCCAAAGCGACCGGGAGGAAGUUUGUAAAAAUCUCGGUUGGCGGGAUUAGCGAUGAAAGCCAAAUCCGGGGUCACUCCCGAACUUAUAUUGCGGCCAUGCCAGGAAAAAUUAUCCAGGGCAUGAAACAAGCCGAAGAUAUUCCUGCCCCUUUGCUCGACCGCAUGGAUGUCAUUCAACUUCCUCCUUAUACUACUUUGGAUAAAAUUCAAAUUGCCAAAAAUCAAUUAAUCCCGCGAACUUUGGCGAAAUACCAACUAACCAAGGACCAAUUAACUUUUACUGACGAAGCCAUUGAAGAAAUUAUCAAAUUUUACGUGCAAACUGGUGGCAUGCGGACAACGGCCAAGAUUUUUGAAAGAAUUGCUGGUGAAUUUGCUAAGAAGCAAAUAAUGGAUAACUUAAAGAGCGAAAUAAUUGAUUUAGCCAAAGUUCACCAGUAUCUAGGACCAAGAGAAACCAGUCACGGAGACUUAACUGAUUAUUCCCAAUCAGGAGUAAUUAACGGCAAAAUAAUGAACGAGUCAGCCAAAGUUGCUUAUCGUUACGUGCGGGCUAAUUACCCAGCCCUUGGCAUAACUGAGGCAGCGAUUAAAGAAAAUGAUGUUUUCCUUCACUUUCCCGAAGGAGCUACUCCUAAGGAUGGUCCCAGUGCCGGCAUUACGAUAACGACAGCCAUUAUUUCCGCCUUAAAAGGAAAAGUUAUUCCUCGCAAUUACAGUAUGACCGGAGAAAUUAGUUUUAAAGGAAAAGUUUUGGCAAUUGGUGGUUUACGGGAAAAAUUAACAGCGGCUUACGAGGACAAGUUUAUUAAUACCGUGUUUAUUCCUCGUGAAAAUGCUAAACAUUUGCCCGAAGUUCCCGCCCAAGUUAAAGAAAAAUUAACCAUUAUUCCCGUGGAUAAUUAUUUACAAGUAUGGGAGAAAAUAAAAGACAAUAUUAGCAGUGAUUAUCAACCAUUAAAUGCUUAA